ACCGCCCCUUCAUCCACCACUCCCCCGGGGGGCAUUACUGGCAGGAGAAGACGCCGAGUUCCUCCGAGGACAGGGACGAGGAGAUCGCCUGCACCGCUCCCAAAAUUUCCAUGUCGUCCAUAUUGGCACCGCUUCGCUUUCUCUGUGAGAAGGACGUGUUUGCCACGCUCGCCUUUGGCGCCGUGGUCUACGCCAUCUGGAGCAUGAUGACGGCGUCAGCGACAGCGCUGUUCCAGCCGCGCUUCCACCUCAGCAACCUCCAGGUCGGGUUAAUUUUCCUGCCCAACGGCGCUGCGUGCGUCGUCGGGUCGUGUCUCACCGGCAGCCUCCUUGACCGGGACUACCGUGUUGUCGAGAACCAGUAUCGCAUUGCCCGCGGUCUCCCCGCGGACGUGCUGCUGGACCACAACAAGCUGACCGACUUCCCUGUGUCACGCGCGCGGCUGCGGUCGUCGUGGUAUUUCGCCAUCCUGUUUGUGCUCGCGGUGGGCGGAUACGGGUUCGCCAUGGCCAGCCCAACGCUCGACUCGAGGCAGGGCAUGGCGCUGCCGUUAGUGCUGCAGUUUAUCAUCGCCUUCACGGCCACGGCCAUAUUCACCCAGAACAGCGCGCUGAUGGUUGAUCUGUACCCCGGCGCCGGCGCCAGCGCCACGGCCGUCAACAAUCUGAUCCGCUGCAGCAUUGGCGCCCUGGGCGUCGCCGUCGUUCAGCUCAUUAUCGACGCACUCGGCACUGGGCUCGCGUUCCUCGUCUUGGCCGCCAUCUCGGCCGCCAUGUCACCACUGCUCUGGCUUCAAUGGACUCACGGCGAGGAAUGGCGCAAGGCGCGCAUGAAGCGGCUCGCGUCUCGGGAGGCGGAAAACACAGCUGCUUAGCAGAUGAGGGGGGCGAGAGGACAAACUAGGUGGAGCCGAGUUUUAUAUUUCUUUGCGCAUCUUAACGGAGAAUAAGAAGAGACGUGUAUUGAUGACUCAUGCUGAAAGAAGUUUGUUGGUGGUAAUUACUGGUUUUGCCGUAUUCAAUCAUGAUUCAUGAGACACUUGCAGAUAGAGUCUUUUAUUUCUUUUUUAUUUUCUUAGAUCUAAUAGAUGGUGCUCGUGACGAGCCCCAGAUUCAUGCCCUUAGUGUUACUUGUUAGGCGCAGUUCUUCUAGGCUUGAUUGUGACAUUCUUUCUAGUACAGUUUCAACGUGUAAUUAGUCUGUUCAGGGAAUAAUAAUGGGAACAACCAAGUUGACAGGCAGAUAUAAUUA